AUGCAGUCAGAAAUACUAGUAGAGAUUCGUACACUAAACCAGCUCGGAAUUCCCACCAUGGCGACUGCUCCUGUGCAAAACGUUUUUGUUUUACGACUCACUGGCUCUGUGUGUAGCUUCGCUUUCUCAAUGAAAAGCCUCAGUAAGAAAAGAUAUCUGAAGUUCAAGCACGAACAUCCUGAGAUUGAAUGUACCGACGAAAGAUGCCCCGAAAGGCUGAAAAACUGGGUACACCAGCAGCGCUACAUUUAUGGGCAGGGAAUAGUGACAGUUGUGUUUCUUCCGUUAUGCUAUCUUUUCGCAAACACGUUGAUCAAGGACAGCGUUUACGAGAACACUCCUUUCAACAGGGCCCGCAACCUAGUAAUUUUGUUCGGUCAUGUACAACACUUUUUUGUUUGCGCAGUGGGUUUCUACCGCUGCAAAAAGUGGACCGAAGAUUUAGUAGACAGCAUAGCAUGCGAUGGAAAGGCAUCCAAUAGUUGCAGUUGGUAUGGGUAUGCGAAGCUCGAGAGAGGGCAGGACAAAGCGCAUAGGUUUUUAAGUAUUAUGUAUGGGUCGCAACAUACGCGGCGACAUGCAAAUUGA